ACAGUAGCUUUCUAGCUACUCAUUGUGCUUUUAUUACAAUCUUGUUAUUUUCUUCAGAACCAGUACAAUUAGCCUGUCAGCAAUGGUGGAGCCAGUGGGUUUUGUGGAAGCCUGGAAGGCCCAGUUUCCUGAGUCUGACCCACCAAAAAUGGAGUUAAAUUCUGUGGUGAACAUUGAGCAAGAGUUGGAGAGGUGCAAAGCCUCAAUUAGGAGGUUAGAGGUGGAGGUCAACAAGGAGCGCUUUCGGAUGAUCUACCUGCAGACCCUGUUGGCCAAAGAAAGGAAGAGCUACGACCGGCAAAGGUGGGGCUUCAGGAGAGUGUCACAGAUGAACGAGGGGGACCCCCAGCAGGGACAAGAGCAAGGGCUGGGGGACAGGGUCAAACCCAGGGCACCCCCUGUCAGGAAACACUCUUACCAUGGUGAAAGUAUGGAGCCCCCUAGUGGACUGGAGGUUCUCCAGCACAGAGAAGCUGGAGAAGGAGACAGGUGCAGAUUCGGUGAGGGUGAGGCAGAUGGGGUGUCGCCGUCCAAACAGAGGGGCGGGGUCCCCUCUCGUAGGCCUGCAGCACCCCUCCCAACGCCUCCCGACAAAGAGGUGCCCCCAGACCCCUCCCCAAAGGACCGGCCAGGCAUGGGCCUGGGAGUGGCAGCGCUGAGGUCCAACUUCGAGCGGAUCAAGCGGGCCAACUCGCACUCGUCCGCUGAUGGGAAGUCUCUCUACGCCAACAUGGAGUACCACCACGAGAAGGGCCUGGUGCGGGUGAAUGACCGCGACGUGUCGGACAGGAUCAGCACCCUGGGGAGCCAGGCCAUGCAGAUGGAGCGAAAGCGGUCGCUGCACUCGCUGCCGGGAAACCUGGCGGCCGCAGCGGCGACCGGGGUCGACCUGCGCAAGCCCGUCCCCAGGGGCCGGUCCACGGAGAUCCACUGUGGGCACGACGGUGAGCGCGAGGACGCCGAGCCCGCUCCGCGUUUCGCUACGGCGCGAGCCAAUGGAGCCAAGCAGCAGCACGCCGCUCCGCCUCCUUGGCAGCCAGCGGACUUCCAGCCAUACACCAGCGUCUAUGUAGGUGGGGGGGCAGGUGAGGGGGAGGGGAAGAGGAACCAUGGGGGCGGGGACAACGGACGCAUGACAUGGCCGCGGAGGUCGUACUCGCCGGGGAGCUUGGAGGAUGGCGGCGGCGGCGGCGGCUACACGCCGGACUGCAGCUCCAACGAGAACCUGACGUCCAGCGAGGAGGACUUCUCCUCCGGCCAGUCCAGCCACGUGUCACCCAGCCCCACGGCCUACCGCUCCCCCUCCCAGAACUCCCACCAGUCCCUGGACAGCAGCUCUCCGCCCACGCCGCAGUGCCAGAAGCGCCACCGGGGGCAGGCGCACGCCCUGGCCUCGGAGGCUGCCGUUGUGGGCGUCCGCAAAACCGCCCACAUCUGGCCCGGCGAGGGAGACUCCGCCCCAUCCAGCAGAGCCAGUUUCCAUGGAGACCUGGACACUCCCUUUGGCGGGACUCCGCCUGCUUACGGGUACGAUGCUGACCGGGCGGAGGAGCAGCGGCGGCACCACGACAUGAUGCCCUACAUCGAUGACUCGCCCUGCUCCUCGCCGCGCCUCAGCUCCAAGAGCCGCAGCAGCCGGGACACCCUCUCCUCAGGGUCUCUGGAGUCCGCAAAAUCCGCGGAUCUGGACCAGGAGAAGGGGCUGGAGAUGAGGAAAUGGGUUCUCUCGGGGAUCCUAGCCAGCGAGGAGACCUACCUCAGCCACCUGGAGGCGCUGUUACUGCCCAUGAAGCCCCUGAAGGCAGCAGCCACCACCUCCCAGCCAGUGCUCACGCUGCAGCAGAUCGAAACCAUCUUCUUCAAAGUGCCCGAGCUCUACGAGAUCCACAAGGAGUUCUACGAUGGCCUCUUACCCAGAGUCCAGCAGUGGAGCUACCAUCAGCGCGUGGGAGACCUCUUCCAGAAACUGGCCAGCCAGCUCGGGCUUUACCGGGCCUUUGUGGACAACUACAAGUUUGCCGUGGAGACAGCGGAGAAAUGCUGCCAGGCCAACACGCAGUUCGCUGAAAUCUCAGAGAACCUGAAGGUCAGGAAUAAUAAGGACAAAGACCAGAUGACCAAGAACUCCCUGGAAACCCUCCUGUAUAAACCAGUGGACAGAGUGACACGUAGUACCCUGGUUCUGCAUGACCUCCUGAAACACACCCCCCCUAGUCACCCGGACCACGCCUUGCUGCAGGAUGCCCUCCGAAUCUCCCAGAACUUCCUGUCCAGCAUCAAUGAGGAAAUCACGCCCCGGCGGCAGUCCAUGACUGUCAAAAAGGGAGAGAACCGGCAGCUGCUGAAGGACAGCUUCAUGGUGGAGCUGGUGGAAGGGGCACGCAAGCUGCGGCACAUCUUCCUGUUCACAGACCUGCUGCUCUGCGCCAAACUGAAGAAGCAGACCGGAGGGAAGACUCAGCAGUACGACAGUAAGUGGUACAUCCCGCUGUCCGACCUCACCUUUCAGACAGCGGACGAGUCUGAAGCCCCGCCCAUCCCCCAGGUCCCCGACGAGGAGAUCGAUGCCAUGAAAGCCAAGAUCUCUCACAUGAGAGCUGAGAUUCAGCGGGAGAAGGGCACCAGUAAGGGGCCGAAGGCGAUAGAGAGGCUGAAGAAGAAGCUGUCCGAGCAGGAGUCUCUGCUGCUGCUGUCCUCCCCCAACAUGCCUCUGCGCGUGCACAACAGGAACGGCAAGAGCUACAUGUUCCUGAUCUCCUCAGACUACGAGCGGGCGGAAUGGAAGGAGAUCAUUCGCGAGCAACAGAAAAAAUGUUUCAAAAGCUUCACUCUGACCUCACUGGAGCUGCAGAUGCUCACCAACUCAUGCGUGAAGCUGCAGACAGUGCACCAUAUCCCCCUAACUAUCAAUAAAGAAGAUGAUGAAUCUCCGGGACUCUACGGCUCUCUGAAUGUAAUCGUCCACUCUGCCUCUGGCCUCAAGCAGAGCCUAAAUCUGUACUGCGCUUUAGAGGUGGACUCCUUCGGCUACUUUGCCAACAAAGCCAAGACGAGAGUGUACAGGUACACCUCUGAGCCAAACUGGAAUGAGGAGUUUGAGAUUGAGCUGGAGGGCUCUCAGUUCUUAAGGCUUAUCUGCUAUGAAAAAAGCUACAGUCGAACCAAACUCAACAAAGAGGAUGGAGAGAGCACUGACAGAAUCAUGGCGAAAGGACAGAUCCAGCUGGAUCCACAGAUGCUGCAGGGCAGGGACUGGCAGAGGACAGUCAUCGCUAUGAAUGGGAUCGAAGUGAAAAUCUCAAUUAAGUUCACCAGCCGGGAGUUCAGCCUGAAAAGAUGGUCGUCACAGAAACAGACAGGGGUGUUCGGGGUGAAAAUCUCUGCUGUCACCAAGCGGGAGCGCUCAAAGGUGCCCUACAUCGUACGGCAGUGUCUGGAGGAGAUUGAGAGGCGUGGCAUGGAGGAGGUGGGCAUCUACCGUGUGUCGGGCGUGGCCACUGACAUCCAGACCCUGAAGGCAGCUUUCGAUGCCAAUAAUAAGGACGUGUCGGUGUUGAUGAGUGAGAUGGACGUGAACGCCAUUGCUGGAACGCUGAAGCUGUACUUCCGAGAGCUUCCAGAACCUCUCUUCACCGAUGAGCUCUACUCCAACUUCGCAGGAGGCAUCGCCCUGUCGGACAGCGUGGCAAAGGAGAGCUGCAUGCUGAACUUGCUGCUGUCGCUACCAGAACCCAACUUGCUCACCUUCCUGUUCCUGCUGGAUCACCUGAAGAGAGUGGCUGAGAAGGAGAGUAUAAAUAAGAUGUCCCUCCACAACCUGGCUACUGUCUUUGGCCCCACGCUGCUCCGCCCCUCUGAGAAAGACAGCAAAAUUCCAACCAAUCCCACGCAGCCCAUCACAAUGGGUGACAGCUGGUCACUGGAGGUCAUGUCACAGGUCCAGGUUUUACUGUAUUUCCUUCAGCUGGAAACAAUCCCCACGCCAGACAGUAAGCGACAGAGCAUCCUAUUCUCCACAGAGGUUUAGAUCGACUCUGACCUCAUUCAGUCAAGGACACUGUAGAAAGAAGGAGCAGGACUGGAAUAAACAUGGAACAGUUGCUAAGGGGGCCCCCUGCUGGACAGCAGCUGCAGCAACACUGCUGCGGCCCUGAUGUGUGUUCACAGCACGGCCACCAGAGGCCGCCAGAAACAUGCUGGAGAAAAAGCGAAAACAACAUCCCUCGAUCACAUUACAGUACUGUUAAAUCGUUUCAUAAAUCAUCUGUUUAUGUCUUCUCUCAUGCAGGGGUGUUAUAUCUAAAAACUUAAUUCUAAAAUCUUUUUUUCUCUUGGCUUUCCUUUGCGGCAUCCACAAAUUGUGUACGGCGUACCAUAGGCAGCUGUUAUGUCAAUUAACGUGCACUUUUCACAGGAAUAUGAUUUAAAGCUGGAAGGAGACACAAGUAGGGGAAUGGACACUGGUGUCUGGACCAGACUUACACAUGGACCUGGGGGAAAAGUGUUUGCUGAAAGCAUUCCAAAGUCAUAUUCCAUGCUAUUUACUUCCUCUCUAACAAAAGAGGCAUAAGUUUAAGGUGAAAGGAUGGCUCUCCUGUUAGCUAUGUCUGACUGUUUUUCAGCAGCUGUUCAUCAGAUGGCACUCCUCUCUUCAUAGCACUUAAGGCAUUCACAUCUUCCUGAUCUGUAACGGCUUAUACUGAUUGGUCUUUACAAUGAGAGCUAUGUUAAUGUUGGAGAUACAAAGUUCUAUCUGUCACGGUAACUGGCAUGGGUAAGUGGCAAGUUUUUCCAAGGUAAAUUUAUUUAAGGAUUAAUAAUCAGUAAUAAGUUAUGGAUUAAUUUAUUUUAGGACAAUCAUGAUACAUUGAAAAGCAGGCAGAAGUCUUGCUCAUGUGAAGUUUAAACAAAAUUUAAUCAAUUGCUGAAGAUAACAUGUGCUGCACUUUCAAUGUUGUCUGAAAGGCCAGGUUGAAAUGUAAGGGUAUGUACUUCAAUUCAAACAGUCUUUUGAAGAAAAUAAAGAACAGUCGUCAGACAGGGCAGGAGUGACUGUAAGCAAGUGCAUGGGAGGCACCUUAUAAUUUCAGGGAGAGUGAAAUUAUAACAUUGGUAACAGUUGUAGUCUGCUCAAGAUUCAAAUUUGUAACAGGGGGUCUAAAGCAAAAAAAGAAAUUAUUUACAAUCUGCAAAGCUUGUGGCAAUGAAAGGACCACAGACAUAAGAGCUUUACUGAAAAUAUUGAGAGAAAGAAUCGUAAAGUGUCACAGUCAGAUAAACAACUGAGAAGAAGAAUGCUACAGGUUGUUAACUUCAAAGCGCCAGUGACUUCAUGUCCUUGGCGAGGGCUGUGAGAUGUGACAAGUCUGAGUCGUGUUUACAGGUUUUUUCCAUCCAGGAAGCAUUUUAAUAACAAACACACAGCAGAGGUCAAUCACAUCAUUGCUGCUGUUUAGAAAACACUCAUCAGAAGAUAUAUCCUGUUUUCCGUAACCUCUCAUAUCUUCUGCAUAUCAUAUUAUAUCUCAUAUGUUCCCUAUUACAUGUUGUAGGUUAUCCUGCCUCCAUCAUUUUUUUCACUGGUGAAAGAAUGACACACACUCACUCACACACACACACACACACACACACACACACACAUUGUUUUUAAUGUGUUUUUUCAUUGAACAAAAAGAACAACUCUUUUACAUGUGUCCAUUGUUUGGCAUUGUCUUCUAUAGCUGGUGCAGAGAGUGCAAUGCCCUGCCUGUAGUCUUAAGUAACAGAAAACAAUCAACAGAACACAUAUCCUGGUUGCAGUCGGGCCUUUUAAUCAUAUGCAUGUUCUUGCAGCAGUUCAGCUGUGGUUAUUAUUGUUGUUAUUUUUGGCUCAGUGAUUAGGACAACACUCUAAUUCUGACAGAGACAGAGAAAAAAAGACAGAGAGAAAGAGAAAGAGGGAGAAAAGGAGUUUUCUCUCCCUGCUGUUACCUGUUUAGCUCAGAAGAUUUGACGAAAAACCAUACCUGCACAAUGCUAAUGGCCUUAGUUAAUCAAAAUGGAGUAAAGAUCUUUAAUUCCACCAUGUAAUGUAGGACCUCCCCAUAAUGUCUAUGUGCUUUUCAUCCUCUCACGGUGUUCUUCUAGAAGAUUCUCUGAUCCUCAGCUGAUAUGCCAACAUCACUUGCUGUUCUCUGCUCAAAAUAGACUCCUAUAUUUGAGUCAUGAAAAGAGAGG